GGAGCCAUGUGCACAACAAGACUCUUCACCCUGGUCCUGGUGGUGCAGCCACCCCGCGUCCUCCUGGGCAUGAAGAAGCGGGGCUUUGGAGCCGGGCUGUGGAACGGCUUCGGGGGCAAGGUGCAGCCAGGGGAGAGCAUCGAGGAGGCUGCUCGCAGGGGAGCCUACUUCUUACACAGGGAGCUUCUGGAGGAGAGUGGACUGACUGUGGACACCUUGCAGAAGAUGGGGCAGAUCACGUUUGAAUUCGUGGGCAACUCUGAACUCAUGGAAGUUCACAUCUUCCGGGCAGAUGAUUUUCAUGGAGAACCAACAGAAAGCGAUGAAAUGCGUCCACAGUGGUUUCAGCUGGAUGAGGUGCCCUUCAGUCACAUGUGGGCAGAUGACAGCUAUUGGUUUCCUCUGCUGCUUCAGAAAAAGUUGUUUCGUGGCUAUUUUAAGUUCCAGGGACAAGACACUAUCCUGGAGCACACUCUGAAAGAAGUGGAGGAAGUUUAA